AUGGAUCAAGAAGCCCUGGAACGUUGCUUGUGGGCAAGUAGCGAUGGUUAUGAACUAUGGAUUGAAGAAGAGGCCCGGAAGGCUAGUCAGUUUUAUGUUGUGAAUGGUACGAAUGGUAAAGUUUUGUUACAGUGGCAACAUGAGUUCAAGACCGCUGCAAAUGUUUGCUGUGUGUGCACGACUGAGGAUGGGCAGAAUGGUGAGCAAACUCACUUGUUAAAAGUCGCUUGGAGCGACUCAAGAACAGUCUACUGUGACUAUGUUACCAUCAGCGGCAAUCUGCCCGUCCUCGUGACAGAACCGCUCAUCGAUGUGAGCUUCGAUAUAACAGCAUUCGAACUGAUUUGGAACCAAGGAGUGGCCUUGAUCGUUGAGGAAGCUUUGGGUUGCCUUCAUGUCUUUGAUACAGGCCUCAACCGCUAUCUGGGGUAUGUCACGCUGUUCUCAAAUGCAAAAACGAAUUUACAAUUAGCACAAUUGAUCAAAUAUGCUAGUGCUCAAUCAACCCUGUGGGCUAUCGUGAGACAAUAUGAUGAAUCCACGAAAGUCUCUUGGGCAUGUCUCAACACUUAUCAGAUUUCGAACUUCACAUUGAAAUCUACUGUACAACUUCCGCGAGGAUUCACAGAUUACACCUUUGUUAAUGCUCCAGGGAUCAAACACCUCCAGCGUUUUGAAGAGAUGAGUACAGUGGUAUGCAGUUCAUGCGAUAUACUGGGCAAAUCCGUCAUUCAAUGGUUCCUAAGUCCCAAGAUGCCCUGGAGAGAAGUUCAGCGAGAUCAUUCGCACCACUAA